GCACUCGCCAUGGCCCUGAACCGCGUCACCAUGGCCGCCGGUGCUGCCGUACCGGUCAUCUCUGCCGGAGAAGAUCUUCCCGCCGACCUGACCUCCGCCUCCUCCGAGCCCUCUUCCCUCUUCGACGGCACCACCAGGCUUUACGUGGCGUACCACUGCCCAUACGCGCAGCGCGUAUGGAUCGCGAGAAAUUGCAAGGGCUUGCAGGGCAAGAUCAAGAUAGUCGCGCUAGAUCUCAUGGACAGGCCAGCCUGGUACAAGAACAAGGUCUACCCAGAGAACAAGGUACCUGCCCUGGAGUACAACAAGCAAGUGAAAGGAGAGAGCCUGAAUCUGCUUAAGUACAUCGACGACAAUUUCGAUGGCCCAGAAUUGCUCCCUCAUGAUUCUGCAAAGAAGAAGUUUGCUGAGGAACUCCUUGCGUACAGUGACAGUUUCAAUGCCAGCGCUUUCUUCUCAUGCCUACGCUCCAAGGGAGAUGUGACCGACGAAGUUGUUGCCGCUGUUGAUAAAAUAGAAGCUGCCCUAGGGAAGUUCAGCGAUGGCCCAUUCUUCCUUGACCAGUUCAGUCUGGUUGACAUUGCAUAUGUGCCAUUCAUCGAAAGGCUUCAGAUAUCCUAUUCUGGCAUCAAGAACUAUGAUAUCGUUGGGGGCAGACCUAACCUUGGCAGAUUCAUCGAG